GAGCUCUCAAACUGCAGGGGCAGAGCGUGGACUUGGUUUUGGGCCCCCAAGUCCCCCUUUCUUCUCCUUCUCUUUCGCCGUCUCCACCAUCGCCGCCCGAAACCAGGUGAGCUCACUCACACACACACACUCCGGAGGCGCGGGGAGCGUUGGUGGAAUGGGCCCAUUGUUCUAAACCUAAGAGCGAAUUCUUCUCUUGUUGCAUUCAGAUUGAGUGCGGAGUUGUUCAGAUUCUUUCAGCUCCCAUUUUCAGGAAGUGGAGCUCAGAUGCAUGCGUUUCUGAGGGACCCCACUUCGAUAAAUGUAUAAAGCUCUUGGCAAGCAACGACUCAUAUACCGUUCUCGCAUCGCCAGCUACGUGAAAGCCGGCCUCAUUGAUCAGGCAAUCCAAGUGUUCGACGAGAUGUCUCAAUCAGACUGCAGAAUGUUUUCGGUAGAUUACAACCGGUUCCUUGGUGUAUUGAUAAAGAACAGACGGUUCGAUUUGUCUGAAUAUUACUAUGAUUCCAUGAAUCCAAGAGGGUUCUCUUUGAAUUCCUUUACUUACUCAAGAUUCAUUUCGGGGUUGUGUGAAGUUAAAAACUUUGAGCUAAUCUUUAGGCUUUUUGACGAUAUGGAUAGGCUUGGGAUCGUGCCUGAUAUUUGGGCUUUUAAUAUUUAUAUGAAUCUCUUGUGUGGUGUGAAUUUAGUUGAUGAAGCUUUGAAAGUGUUGAGAUUAAUGAGGGAAGAAGGGAGGGAGCCUGACGUAGUAAGCUAUACGAUUAUUAUUAGCGGACUGUUUAGAGUUAAACGGCAUGAUGAGGCAGUUCAAAUAUGGAAAAUUAUGAUAAAGGAGGGUAUUAACCCUGAUAGUAAGGCAUGUAGGGCACUUGUGCUUGGGUUAUGCGACAUUGGGAAAGUUGAUUUGGCUUAUGAGCUCACUGUGGGGGAUCUGAGAGGAAAGGUUAGUUUUAGUGUAGUAAUUUAUAAUGUGCUUAUACAUGGGUUUUGUCGAAUAGGUAGGAUUGAUAAGGCACUAGCAAUUAAGAACUUUAUGAGGAGAAAUGGGUGUGAGCCUGAUUUGAUAACUCACAAUGUAUUGUUGAACUACUGUUGUAAUGCUCUAAUGUUAGAUGAGGCUGAGAAAUUGAUGGACAAGAUGGAGAGGAGUGGUGUACGACCCGAUAGUUACAGCUAUAAUGAGCUUCUAAAGGGCCUUUGCCGAGCCAAGAGAGUAGAUAAUGCAUAUGUAUUGUUAGUUAACAAGAUGGAGGCUAAAGGGUUUGUGGAUGUCGUCUCAUACAAUACAAUUAUUAAAGCUCUUUGCAAAGCCGGUCGUUCUAGAAGGGCUUAUAAGCUCUUGGGGGAGAUGGGUAGAAAGGGAAUUGCUCCUGAUUUGGUUACAUUCACUAUUCUGAUAGAUGCUUUCCUCAAAGAAGGCAACUCGAUUGUAGCCAAGGGCCUUCUCGACCAAAUGACAAGGAUGAGCCUAUUUCCAAGUCUUGCAUUGUAUACAUCCAUUGUUGACCAUCUAUGUAAGACUGGUAGAAUAAGCAUGGCUCAUAGUAUUUUUCAUGAUAUGGUGGAGCAGGGAAUUGGCCCCGAUGUCGUGUCCUACAAUGCACUUAUAAAUGGAUACUGCAAGGCAUUUAAGGUUAGUGAAGCCCUGCAUCUUUUUGAAGAGAUGCAGACUAGGCGGGUCUAUCCUGAUGAAGUGACGUUCAAAUUGAUCGUUAGAGGUCUCAUAAAGGAAAAGAAGCUUUCUUUGGCUUGUGGAGUCUGGGAUCAAAUGAUGGAGAAGGGAUUUACUCUUGAUAGUUAUUCGUCGGAGACUCUAAUCAACGCCAUCAAUUUGAAAGAAGUUCCUGAGGUAACUAGUGCAGUGGAAUGAGCCCUCUAACCAUUUCUUGAUGAAUGGAAUGUGCAACGGUGUAAAAGUUUCGUCUUUUGGGUCAGCGGAUCUGCCCGCCACUUGCUUAAAUACUUCCAGAGUUGGGUAGCUAUAUGCCCCCCUGCAUCUGAUGCAGCUGACACCUUUCUAUGCCCCUGUCCUCGAUUGGAGCUAACUAGUGCGGGAUUGAGAACCAAGUUUCAAUAUGGUCCAAAGAAGAUCCAACAGUAAUCUCUAGAGUCAUGAAAGAUGUUGGUAGCAAGCAUUGAAGCAAUUUCUAAGGAAGCAAAAAUCUCUAGCAACAAAAUGAUAUUCAGACCAGAACUAUCCUCCUAUAUUCGACCAUGAGUGUUAAUUAGUUCAAGUUGUUCCGAGCAGCAAUAAGAUAUUGGGGAUGCCACAAAUGUCAGAGAAUCUUGCAGAAGACAUUGGUGAAAACAUUAGAGGAACGGAUUGGUCGGGCAUAUGAAAUUGCACGGGGAGAUGAUAAGUUUGUUGAUGUGGGAGAGAAACUUGUCAUUACUGGAAGAGAGGAAACCUAUCGACGAAGUAUGAAAAUCUGUCCGAUAUCAGUGCAUGAUUGAUACGAGGAAUUGGAGUUACUUGGCUGAACAAUGCAAGCAAUAAGAACACAGUUCGACACAAACACCUGCAUCGUCUUCCUGAAGUACAUCCCAUCCUCCUUUUCUAUCUACAGAAAUUAAACUUGUACACUUUUGUAUUCAUAUAUUAGGACAAUCUCAUGACAAACUUGAAUUUCCACCAAAACACUUCGAGUCCCUGGGUUUUAAAUGUUUGUAAACUUUAAGGUUCCCUUCACUGUGGAUAGUGACUGCAUAUACAGGACUCCCUGUAUUCACAUCCCAGCACCAUUCAGAGCCCUUCUUAUGUCAGGGCUUAUGAAGUAUAAAUAGUUCAAAAUCAGUUCAACUUUGUUUUUCCCAUAUGGAAUUCCACAAUGUUUGAACUAGUGGCACUACUUAUGCUUGUUGUUCA